UUGAGACAACCGAAAUUAACAGCACCCGUUACCUGCCGUUUAACCUCAAUAUCCUCCAUUGAAACGGCCAAAACGGCCGGUGUGAUUAAAUUCCUAUAAAUAUAUAAAUAUAAAGAGCUCAGCACAACUAAAGUCAACAAUUCUAGGAUAAUUAUACACUUUUCUUCCUACAUCUCUGCAUUUAACAACAUGACCAAAAAUGAUUAUUUCUUGUUACUGAUCAUCCUCCUGAACAUCCUCGGAUUCUGUGUUCAUUUAAUUAAAUCGAAUCCACAUCCCCAAUUCCCAUGUCAGCCACCUCAUCACAAAUAUCCUUUCUGCAACAAAAAUAUCCCUAUCUCCACUAGAGUUCAGUCCCUUAUCUCCUUACUCACCAUUGAUGAGAAGAUCUUACACCUCUCUGAUAAUACCACUUCAAUACCAAGACUUGGUUUGCCAGCAUACGAAUGGUGGUCAGAAUCUCUUCAUGGUAUUGCCACUAAUGGACCUGCGGUCAACUUCAAUGGCCAAAUCAAAGGUGCCACUAGUUUCCCUCAAGUUAUUCUUACUGCAGCUGCUUUCAAUAGAACAUUGUGGCAUUCAAUUGCAACGGCUAUUGCAGUUGAGGCAAGGGCUAUGUACAAUUUGGGUCAAGCUGGGCUUACAUUUUGGGCACCUAAUAUUAACAUUUUUAGGGACCCCAGAUGGGGAAGAGGUCAAGAAACGCCAGGGGAAGAUCCUAUGGUGGUUUCUGCUUAUGCCAUUGAGUAUGUUACGGGCUUUCAAGGCUUGAAUCCGAUGGCUAAAAAAGGAAAUAGAAAUGGGUUUGGGAAAAAGCGGAGGUUUCUUAAAGGAGAUGAUAAUGAUAGUGAGAGGCUGAUGUUAUCGGCUUGUUGUAAGCAUUUCACUGCUUAUGACUUGGAGAAAUGGGGUAAUGCUACCAGAUAUGACUUCAAUGCUGUGGUGACGAAGCAGGAUAUGGAGGAUACGUUUCAGGCACCUUUUCGUAGUUGUAUCCAGCAAGGUAAGGCAAGUUGCUUGAUGUGUUCCUACAAUAGUGUGAAUGGAGUACCAGCAUGUGCAGAUAAGGAGCUCUUAGACAAAGUACGAACUGACUGGGGGUUCGACGGAUACAUCACCUCUGAUUGUGAUGCUGUGGCUACUAUAUAUGAAAACCAAAAAUACACCAAAACGCGUGAAGAUGCAGUUGCUGUUGCUCUUAAAGCAGGAACAAAUAUUAAUUGUGGAACAUAUAUGUUGCGACAUAUGAAAUCUGCAUUUCAGCAGGGGAGUGUGCUUAAAGAAGACCUAGAUAGAGCCCUACAAUACUUGUUUUCUGUUCAAUUCCGGCUUGGUCUUUUUGAUGGAAAUCCUGCAGAUGGACAGUUUGCAAACUUUGGGGCUCAAGAUGUCUGCACUUCUCAUCACUUGAAUUUGGCCCUUGAUGCAGCAAGGCAGGGCAUUGUGCUUCUUAAAAAUGAUCAGAAGUUCUUGCCUUUGGACAAGACAAGUGUUUCGACAUUAGCUAUAGUCGGUCCUAUGGCAAAUGUGAGCAGUCCGGGUGGUACUUACUCAGGAGUGCCAUGCAAAUUAAAGAGCAUCCGCGAGGGGUUUCACCGACAUAUAAAUAGAACACUUUAUGCAGCUGGUUGCCUUAACGUAGGAUGCAAUUCCACUGCUGGUUUCCAGGAUGCUAUUUCUAUUGUUAAAGAAGCUGAUUAUGUAAUUGUUGUGGCUGGGUUGGAUUUAUCCGAGGAAACUGAGGAUCAUGACCGGUAUAGUCUUCUCUUACCCGGUCAACAGAAAAACUUAGUUAUCACUCUUGCAGCUGCAAGUAAGAAGCCAAUUAUUUUGGUUCUUACUGGUGGUGGACCUGUUGAUGUAUCCUUUGCUGAGAAAGACCCUAGAAUUGCUAGUAUCUUAUGGGUUGCUUACCCUGGAGAGACUGGUGGCAAAGCACUUUCCGAGAUAAUUUUUGGAUAUCAAAAUCCAGGUGGAAAAUUGCCUAUGACUUGGUACCUAGAGUCAUUCACCAAAGUGCCAAUGACUGACAUGAAUAUGCGAGCUGAUCCAUCGAAUGGUUAUCCUGGAAGAACCUAUCGGUUUUACACUGGAGACGUGCUAUAUGGAUUUGGGCAUGGAUUGAGCUAUACAAGCUUCUCUUCACAACUCUUAUCUGCACCGAGCAGAUUGAGUUUAUCACUUGCUAAAUCUAAUCGAAAGAGGAGUAUACUUGCCAAAGGACGCAGUAGGCUAGGUUACAUACAUGUUGACGAAGCGGAAAGUUGUCAUUCAUCAAAAUUCUUUGUUCAUAUCUCUGUCACAAAUGAUGGGGACAGGGAUGGAAGCCAUGUUCUGAUGUUAUUCUCGAGAGUGCCGCAGAAUUUUCAAGGUGCUCCACAGAAACAACUUGUUGGAUUUGAUCGUGUGCAUGUCCCAGCACAUAAAUCUGUUGAAACAAGUCUCUUGGUAGAUCCUUGCGAGCUUCUUAGCUUUGCAAAUGAUCAAGGCAACCGAAUAUUGGCGCUUGGUGAACACACUCUUAUAUUAGAUGAUAUAGAGCAUGUUGUAUCCAUAGAAAUCUGACAAGAGCCAUCAUCGUUAUGAGGCAGUCGAAUGGCAUCUCCGUCAUGUCAGAGCAUGAAGAUAAGGAAUUAUAGGCCAAUGCCGAUCCUUGAGUCUCUUUGUUGUUGUUUGAACAUAGGAGGUGGCCAACACCUAUAGUCUGAUUUCAAGCUCAGGGGGUGGUUUUUAAGGAUCAAUUAGACUAACUCUUAUAUUCUGGUUUAUUUGUAAGUAGACAAAGUUUAUCAUUUUCAUAUCUUCCACGGGGAAUAAAUAGAAACAAUAGGUCUAUUUUAAUGGAUUAGGGGUGUGAUAAGCAAUGAACAUUUGGACGUGUUCUUUGUAUGCUCAUGUGAACAAUUGCAGAUUCAUUACAAGAAUGUGAAGGAAUUGUAAUAGUUCUUUUA